CCGCCCAAGUGACCAGAGGUCGGGAGCUUUGCUGUGUGUCUGUUUGGAAAAUGACCGCAUUCCGCGAGCCGAGAUUGGUUGCAUUCUUGUUCGCUGGCCUGUCUUGUCAUCACCACCACAAGUCAUCGGAUGGCUUGGACUGCGCCCACACAUGAUGAUUCCUGCUUACAACACGUAUGUGCGUACACAUGUAGCUAUGGAUUGGCGUCGGAUACUCGUGUAGAAACAAGUACGAGUUUCCAAGUGAUGCCGAAUGCCAAGAUGCACUCACCAUGGCACUUUUUUCCCAAGUACGUGCCUUUGUAGAAUUCAGAGAUGCAUGAUGCGCAGAAUCAUGGAAUCGAGGAAGCCGAGAUGCCGGACCCUGUCCCUCCGGCGAGAACUGCCCGUGAUCUGCAUCCUGCAUCCUUCAUGAGCCACACAGAGUCGUUCUAUAGACGUCUUUGCGCUGUGCGACAAACGACAACGGUUGAGUUGGAAGCGUCGUAACAUGCAAUGACCGCAGCAGGACCGACCACCACAUCUGGCGCAUACACAUGACAAAGCCCUCCGCAUCUCGCAUCGCUAGGGCUCCGUAGGCCACUGCACUGUACUGUGCUGUGUCUAUGUACGCAAGGCCACGGCGUCGACUAAAUCGCCGCUCCAUCCGGCGCCGAGGCGGACGCGCUUGGCUGUGGCUGAGCUCUCGCCCAUUCUGCAUAUCAAUCCGCGUCAUACCCAGCCCUAAGCUUUCUUUGUUACUUCAUCAUCCGCUCACCACACCUCAUCCUCCACCGAAACCAGUAUUCGACGUCGUUUGCUAGCACCAACAAUGCCCACCUUAGCACCCAGAUGGUAUGACUACGACGAGUGCUACAUCCGCAAUGGCUACCGUUACUGCGACCGUAGUGCAUGGAACUCAUGGGUACGAUGGGUAGUCCUCGCCGUCGUCGUCUUUGGCUUUCUCGCGCUUUUCUUCCUCUGCAGUUGUCUCUCAGCUCGCCGCCGCCGCAAAGCCGGUCGUCAACCCUUCUACGGUACAGGAUGGGCCGCCCGACCCGGCAACCAACCCUACUACAAUCAGCAACAUAGCGCUCAACCCUACUACAACAAUAACGGCCAAAAUUACGCACAACCGCCACCCCAGUACACACCCCAGCCUCAGUACGGUGCUCAAAAUCAGGGUUACUACGGCGCGCAACAACCCAAGUACGGCCAAGAGAACGGCGUCGAACUCCAACAGCCCCAACCUACGUACAACCGUGGCCCCGAGGCCGAGUACGCUCCUCCACCAGGCCCUCCACCCGCCAAGAACGAUGGUAUCGUCCGUUAAACUUCGAUCCUCCCCGAUGUAAUAAAACCGGGUUGCGCGCUGCGAGUCUUUGUUUCAAAGUCGUUAAAUCGAUGUGUAUUAUCGGAAUUAUUUUAUGCUUGGGUACUUGGGCGUUCUUUUCCUUUUGCCGAGAAUGGCCACGAUAUCCCUCUUUACGCUCUAUGUCUACUUCACGAAUCCCUGUGCUCCUCCACCAUUACCUAUUACCUGUAACUUGGAAGAAAUGGAAGUUAAAUUUAAUACUGUCUCUCUGUAAUCACAGAAGCAAAUCCCGGAUUUGGAUACCUACUGUGAAUGAUGCCAUAAAUGUCUUGUCUAACGCAUGUGGCGAGACAAAACGUAGAAGAAUGAUACAUUUGCUGCAGUGCUGUUGGAGUCUAAUCCCAUUCUCUAUACUUUUCACUGAUGAUGUCAGAGAACUACUCCAGCCAGCUCCCCUGCCUUUUGUCAAUCGUCUAAUCCCUGUUCGGAAAAAGUUCGAUUGUUCAUAUGACGAUUCGCUUAAGCACAGUGAGGUCAAAUUAUACAACAGAAGCAAGAUUGAGUUUUUUUUUUUAAUUUCUUUAUCUCAUCUAUCUUCCAC